AUGAAUUCUCCAUCCACCCAGUUUGUCACCUCAAGAAGGAUGGGGGCCUAUGAGCCUAUCCACCAGAUUAGCAUGUGGGAGGAAAGCUUUAAGAGUAAUGGUAAUUUUAAUGCCUCAGCAUCCAUGAUCGUUGAUGCUGACACAAAACUAGAUAAUCAGUCAGAGGAUGCUUCUCAUGGAAUCCUGGGACCUUCUAGCAAGUAUGACCAAGAAGCAACUAAACCUACAGACAAGGUGCAAAGACGUCUUGCACAAAAUCGGGAGGCUGCUCGUAAAAGCCGGAUGCGAAAGAAGGCCUAUGUUCAGCAGUUAGAAACAAGUCGUUUGAAGCUUAUUCAAUUAGAGCAAGAGCUUGACCGAGCAAGACAACAGCAGGGUAUUUAUAUUGGCAGUGGACUGGAUGCUAGUCCUCUAGGAUUCUCGGGCACUAUAAACUCAGGUGUAACAACAUUUGAGAUGGAGUAUGGACACUGGGUGGAAGAACAAAAUAGGCAAAUUAAUGAACUGAGGACUGCUUUGCAUGCUCAUAUAAGUGAUAUAGAGCUUCGAUUCCUUGUGGAUAGUGGCAUGAGUCACUAUUUUGAACUUUUCAGCAUGAAAUUAACUGCCGCAAAAGCUGAUGUAUUCUAUGUGAUGUCUGGGAUGUGGAAAACAUCAGCUGAACGGUUUUUCUCAUGGAUUGGAGGGUUCCGCCCUUCAGAGAUUCUUAAGGUUCUUCAGCCUCACCUUGACCCCUUGACAGACCAACAAGUUUUGGAUGUUUACAAUCUUAGGCAAUCAUGUCAACAAGCAGAAGAUGCUCUUUCGCAAGGUAUGGAUAAACUCCAGCUCACUCUGGCUGACACUGUGGCAGCUGGUCAACUGGGUGAAGGUAGUUAUGUGCCACAGAUGGCUAAUGCCAUGCAGAAAUUGGAAGAGCUCGUGAGCUUUGUGCAACAGGCUGAUAAUCUUCGGCGGGGGACCUUACAGCAGAUGUCAUGCAUCCUAACAAUCCGCCAGGCAGCUCGCGGCCUUCUUGCCUUGGGGGAGUACUUCCAACGCCUUCGGGCUUUGAGCUCGCUCUGGGCUACUCGUCCUCGUGAGCCUGCCUAA